UUCUGACCCGCCGGUACUGACCCGGUCCAGGACGCCAGGCCGGUUCUGACCCGGUCCAGAACUCCAAAGCUGCGUGAACCUGUUGACUCUGCUAGCCGUGCUAGCUUUAGCAUCAGCUGGAUGGUUCUGAAGAAGCCACCAGAACUGGACCGGUCCAGGAAGGUGUGGAGUUCUGGACUGGUGGAACCAGCCCGGUUCUGUUGGGUCCAGAACCCAUGGAGGUAUCAUACCGUGGGUCCAUUCCUCCACAGCAGGGAUCAGAACCCACCAGAACCUCGGUUCCAGACCAAGUGGACCGGCUUUCUGGAGCGACCGACCCAAUCUGGACCUCCAGAAUCUUCUGGAGCGAAACAGCACGGAGGAGAACCUGGGCCUGGUCCAAUCGGACCUGGUUCUGAAGGUUCAGAACCUGCUGACGUCUUUCUGUUAAUCAUGCUGGAUACAUUCAUCAGCCUGGUUCUGGCCCGGCCCGGCCCGGUCCGUGCAGUUCUGUGGGAACCGGCGCCUCCAGCAGCUCUCAGGUGUUUCCAGGUAAACAUGUUUGGGUUCGGCUCAGAUAAUUACCGGGUUCUGGUUCCGCCCAUGCAGACGGGUCGCUAUAAGAACCGCUGCAGCCCGGCUGGUUCUGAUCCGGCAGCACUGAAACGGACCAGCACACCCAGCAGGUUUGACCUCUGACCUCUGACCCUGCAUGGAGCGGAACCAGAACCCGGCGGCUCCUCUUCCUCACUGCCUCCAUGAUGAUGAAGAGCAGCCGGUUCUGGACCAGCAGAACUCUCCAGGUCAAAGGUCAGAUGAUGUUCCAGCUGUUCAGCAUCACCUGGUGAAGCAGAGCUCCAGAGGACCCAUUGUCCCCGUAUCCAAGAUGUUUGUGCAGCUGAAGGAGCUGGUGAUGGACCAGAACCAGGACCUGCAGUGGAGGGAGUCGGGUCGGUGGACGGGUUCUGAGGACCAGGAGACGGCUCACAUCGUCCCCCUGUCCGUCCACUCCCUGCUGGUCCUGCAGAAGCUGCUGUCCCAUGGUGCCGUUCUUCUGGACCUCCAGCAGAACAGUCUGGGGGGCGUGGCCCAGCAGGUGGUGGAGCGUCUGCUGGACGGAGAGCAGGUCAGAGCCGGAGACGGAGACAACCUGCUGAGGACGCUGCUGCUGCCGCACAGUCCUCCCUGUCCUCCCUGUCCUCCCAGUGACCAGCAGGAUCCUCGCUGGUUCAGCAGGAACAUUUCUGCAGCUGACCGCUCCUCCCUGAUUGGCAGACGCACCGGCCAAUCAGAGCUGUCCAGGAACACAGCCAAUCACAGAGAGGCUGAUGUCAGCAGGAAGGAGACUGCGCCGUGCGGACCUGACGGAAAGCUGAUGGAGCGAGCUGAGGCCACCGUCGUCCUUGUGGGCAGCGUGGGGUUCCUGGACCGGCCCUUCCUGGCCUUUGUGCGUCUGCAGGAAGCGGUUCUGUUGGACUCGGUUCUGGAAGUCUCCGUCCCAGUCCGGUUCCUCUUCCUCCUGCUGGGCCCUCCUACUGCCAGCCUGGAGUACCACCAGAUCGGCCGUUCCGUCUCCACGCUGAUGUCAGACCAGAGCUUCCAUGAGGCGGCGUACCGAGCAGACAGCCAGCAGGACCUGCUGACGGCCGUCGACCGCUUCCUGGAGCGCAGCGUGCUUCUGCCCCCGCCUGACGCCAGCAGGGAGGAGCUUCUGCUCUCGGCUCCUCGCUUCCAAGGAGAGACGCUGCAGGGCGGAGAGAGAGAGCAGAGCGGCAAGCUGCAGGAGAAACAAAGCAGCCUUCAGCAGGACAAAGACUCUCUGGUUCCCUUCAAGUCUGCCGAAGCUCCUCUGAGGCGUUCGGGUCGUCUCUUUGGCGGUCUGAUCCAGGAUGUGACCCGGCGGUACCCUCAGUACCUCAGUGACAUUCAGGAUGCUCUGAACCCUCAGUGCAUGGCGGCCAUCAUCUUCAUCUACUUCGCUGCCUUGUCUCCUGCCAUCACCUUCGGCGGACUGCUUGGCGAGAAGACCGAGGGUCUGAUCGGGGUGUCUGAAUUGAUCGUUGCCACGGCGAUGCAAGGCAUCGUGUUCAGCAUACUGGGAGCUCAGCCUCUGCUGGUGAUUGGCUUCUCUGGACCUCUGCUGGUGUUUGAGGAAGCUUUCUACACGUUCUGCAAAGACAACGACAUCGAGUACCUGACGGGCCGGGUCUGGAUCGGCUUCUGGCUGGUGCUGAUCGUCUUCAUCACGGUGGCCUUGGAGGGAAGCGUCCUGGUUCGGUUCGUUUCUCGCUUCACUCAGGAGAUCUUCUCCUUUCUCAUCUCCCUCAUCUUCAUCUACGAGACCUUCGCCAAGCUGGUCAAGAUCUUUAAGGAGCACCCGCUCCAGAACUGUUUCCAUGGAAACAACAGCGGAUCUCCGUCUCUGUGCAACGUCUCGGUGACUGCCGGGAGUCCGGGGGGAACCGCUGGAGAGCCAAACACGGCGCUGCUCUCACUGGUCCUCAUGGCGGGAACGUACUCCAUCGCCUUCUACCUGCGGAAGUUCAAGAACAGCUCCUUCUUCCCAGGACGGAUCCGUCGAAUUAUUGGAGACUUUGGGGUCCCCAUUGCGAUCCUCAUCAUGGUUCUGGUGGACUACAGUGUGGAAGACACCUACACCCAGAAACUCAACGUUCCCAGCGGAUUCUCAGUGUCCAGUCCCGAGAAGCGUGGCUGGCUGAUUUCUCCGUUGGGUUCUGAUGGCCAGUUUCCAGUUUGGAUGAUGGGAGCCAGUAUCCUGCCAGCCAUCCUGGUCUUCAUCCUCAUCUUCAUGGAGUCACAGAUCACAGCGCUGAUUGUCAGUAAGAAGGAGAGGAUGCUGGUGAAAGGAACCGGGUUCCAUCUGGACCUGUUAAUUAUUGUGGUGGUGGGCGGAGUCUCGGCCCUGUUCGGUCUGCCGUGGCUCUCCGCCGCCACGGUUCGCUCGGUCACUCAUACCAACGCCCUGACCGUCAUGAGCAAGGCCGUGGACGCCGGAGACAAGCCGCGCAUCCAGGAGGUGAAGGAGCAGAGGGUGACUGGGUUCUUGGUGGCGGUUCUAGUGGGUCUGUCCAUUGUUAUUGGAGAGGUUCUGCGCCAGAUCCCCCUGGCGGUUCUGUUUGGGAUCUUCCUCUACAUGGGUGUGAUGUCACUGAACGGGAUCCAGCUGACGGAGCGUCUCAUCCUGCUGCUGAUGCCGCCCAAGUACCAUCCAGACCAGAACUACGUCCGCAAGGUGAGGACGCUGCGGAUGCACCUGUUCACGCUGGUCCAGCUGACGUGCCUGUCCCUGCUGUGGGUCGUCAUGGCGACAGCGGCGGCGCUGGCCUUCCCUUUCAUGCUGCUGCUGACCAUCCCUGUGAGGAUGCUGCUGCUGCCGCGCCUCUUCAGCCCCAGAGAGCUUCUGAGUCUGGAUGCUGACGAUGCAGAGCCCCACCUAGAGGAGAAGGAGGGGCAGGACGAGUACUCGCACCUCCAGAUGCCCAUCUGACCUGAUCGGACCGGAACCGGACCUUUGCACGUCUCAACGGCUGCUUUUGAACAUGCUGAUGUGAUUUUACCAAAAUGUUUCUCUGUAACGAUCAGAACCAGAACCAGAACCAGAACCUGCUGCUCUCAGUAAAAACUCCUCAAUAAACACAUCUGUCUUUA